AUGCGGAAACGUGCUUUUGCCCAAGUACAACAGGAAGAUGAGGGUUCAGGGCCGACGCCGGACCAGGUGCUUGCAGGCCAGCAGCUACGAAUGUUCUUGCUUGAUAGGUUUUGCACAGGAUCCUUACCUGGAUCGGAUGUGGCAGAAUUGUGUCACUAUGUGACACGAGCUGGAGGUACUGGUGUGGCUACUUGGGCCCUGAAUCCCGAGCAAGCCGCUCGUCACGGGUUUGAGCAUAUCAAAUUACAUGCUGGAAAAGAAUAUCCUGAACCGGAUCUUGACUACGUGACUGUGCCUUUGUUCGAGAAACGGCAGUCUCGACGAGUGGCAGAAAAAGUGCCCAUCAUGCUUCCUUCGACACUCUUUAGAAAGUUCGUGGAGGUGCCCUCGGUACAAAGCAAGGACGAAAUCAACUUCCGAAAGAUGCUUCAUAAUUUGCCCUGCUACGACAAUCACCCUGUUGUUCAAAGGGCCCGAGCUGCUGGAAACACGGAACUUGUCCGGCCCAUCGCUCUUUACUGGGAUGGGGUCCGCUACUCGGUGCACGAUUCUUUCACUGGCUUCUACGUGACUGAUAUCUUAUCCGAGCAGAAGUUCGUUUCCUUUCUGCUUCGUUCUGAAGACAUGUGCCGCUGUGGCUGUCGCGGCUGGUGCAGCAUCUUCCCGCUGCUACAGUGCGAUUGGCCGGCUUAUUUGGAAAUCAUAGGGGGCAGAUUCUGGAAUCACAACAGCCACCCGUGUGCCCUUUGCCGUAUUUCGCAAGAUGACAUGACUGCCGACAAUGUGCACAGCAUUACCCUGGACAAUGUGGGCCACUUGGUGUACUCGUCGGAAGACUACAACAACGACAUCGGCAUGUUCACCAGGGAAAUUCUUGUGGAUACGGCGGAGAUGCUGCGAACGAUUGCCAGAAAUCUUGAAUACAGCCGACUAGAUCGUGGACGACAUCUCACUGCAGACUUGCCCCGCUACGGCCUCCGCAAGAACUGGAGACUCGAGCCCAGCCGCCGGCUUCCAGAUGUCAGCCAGCUGGAAUACCAAGAGCUUCCUCUGAGGGUGAUUUUUUGGAUUGCGCCGAGAGAUGCAAGGCUGACCCACAUGUGCCCUCUGUUUUCGCUCGAGGGGGUUACACAGGAUAGUUGGUCAAUUGAUAUUAUGCACGCCUGGCACCUCGGACCCAUGCAGCAGUUCAUAAGCCUGGCUAUGCACAGUUUCAUUGCUUCGGGUGUGUUUUCACCCCGCAGUGUGAAUAUAGAAGCUUCAGAACUUCGAGAACUGGCCCUUUUGGCCAUUAAAGCCGAGCUCUUUCAAUUCUACAAGAACCUGAGAUCUACCGACCAAAGGUGGCGAGAGAAGGGAUCCGAGGUCUGGAACUUGACUAUGGGCAUGAUUGGAAAUGAGGAUACCUACAACUUGUCGGCAAAAGCAGCUGAGUCGCACGGUCUUCUUAGAUUCGUCCUCUGGCUGCUGCACAAGUACGCCGAUGAAUUCGCCAAGCAGCCGGAUGAGCUGGCUCGCAAGUUCGCACUCUUGACGGCUUGUGCAGAAGCUGCCCAUGCAAUGGACGAGCUGCUGGAGUUGGAAUUCCGACAGUUCACUCGACAACAUUGCCAGGCCCUGCUGCAGCUGUACCUACGCUUUUUAACGCUUUACUUGAAAGCGGGCGGUGUAUGGAGGCCGAAAUGUCAUCUUCUUGUGCACAUGAUUCAGCGGGCUCUUCACCGAGGGAAUCCGCGAUUGUACUCCACCUAUCGUGACGAAAGCUUGAAAGGGGUCAUAGCCAAGAUUGCUCGUUCUGCUCACCGCAGCACUUGGUCGAAUGUGAUUCACUGGAAAUGCAACUUUCUUCAGCAAAAGAAGCUGGAGGAUCAUGCUGCAGAGGGCUAG